CUCAGCCGCGGCAGCGGCAGGGGGAGCCCGAUCCCCGCCACUCACUAGUGGGUCCUGUGGUGAAGAGGAUCUGGCGGGGCGAGAGCGUCCGAAGGGAGAAGCGGGGAAGCUGGUUCCGGGCUGAGGAGGGGGAGAAGACGGGAGGCCCUGAAAGUGCGGCUGGAAGUGGAAGAUGCCCACUACGGACCUUCUGAUGUUGAAGACCUUUGAGCCCUACUUCGAGAUUUUGGAAGUAUAUUCUACAAAGGCCAAGAAUUAUGUAAAUGGGCAUUGCACCAACUACGAGCCCUGGCAGCUAAUCGCAUGGAGUGUCCUGUCGACGCUGCUGGUGGUCUGGGUGUAUGAAUUUGUCUUCCAGCCAGAGAGUUUAUGGUCAAGGUUUAAAAAGAGAUGCUUUAAGCUCAUCCGGAAGAUGCCAAUUAUUGGUCGAAAGAUCCAAGAUGCACUGAACAAGGCCAAGGAUGAUAUUAACAAGAACAUGUCAUUUCUGAAAGUGGACAAAGAGUAUGUGAAAGUUCUGCCCUCCCAAGGUCUGAGCUCAUCUGCAGUUCUGGAGAAGCUCAAGGAGUACAGCUCGAUGGAUGUCAUGUGGCAAGAAGGGCGAGCCUCUGGCGCGGUGUACAGCGGGGAGGAGAAGCUCACCGAGCUCCUCGUGAAGGCUUAUGGAGAUUUUGCAUGGAGUAAUCCACUGCAUCCAGAUAUCUUCCCAGGACUGCGGAAGAUAGAGGCAGAGAUUGUGAGGAUAGCUUGUUCCCUGUUUAAUGGGGGACCAGAUUCCUGUGGAUGUGUGACCUCUGGGGGGACAGAAAGCAUACUGAUGGCCUGCAAAGCUUACCGGGAUCUGGCCUUAGACAAUGGGAUCAAAAUUCCAGAAAUUGUGGCCCCCCAAAGUGCCCAUGCUGCGUUUGACAAAGCCGCCCAUUAUUUUGGGAUGAAGAUUAUACGAGUUCCACUGAACAAAAUGAUGGAGGUGGAUGUUCGGGCAAUGAGAAGAGCCAUCUCCAGGAACACCGCCAUGCUCGUCUGCUCUACCCCCCAGUUUCCUCACGGGGUGAUAGAUCCUGUCCCUGAAGUGGCCAAGCUGGCUGUCAAAUACAAAAUACCUCUUCAUGUAGACGCUUGUCUGGGGGGCUUCCUCAUCGUCUUCAUGGAGAAAGCAGGAUACCCACUGGAGCAACCAUUUGACUUCCGGGUGAAAGGUGUGACCAGCAUUUCAGCGGACACCCACAAGUAUGGCUACGCCCCCAAAGGCUCCUCAGUGGUGUUGUACAGUGACAAGAAGUACAGGAGCUAUCAGUUCUUCAUCGAUCCAGACUGGCAGGGUGGCAUCUACGCUUCCCCGACCAUCGCGGGCUCACGGCCCGGUGGCAUUAGCGCAGCCUGCUGGGCCGCCUUGAUGCACUUCGGUGAGAGCGGCUAUGUUGAAGCUACCAAACAGAUCAUCAAAACUGCUCGCUUCCUCAAGUCAGAACUGGAAAACAUCAAAGGCAUCUUUGUGUUUGGGGACCCUCAAUUGUCCGUCAUUGCUCUGGGCUCCCGUGAUUUUGACAUCUACCGACUAUUUAACCUGAUGACUGCGAAGGGGUGGAACUUGAACCAGCUGCAGUUCCCAUCCAGUAUUCACUUCUGCGUCACGUUAGUACAUACCCGGAAGCGAGUAGCCAUACAGUUCCUAAAGGACGUCCGGGAAUCUGUCACUCAGAUCAUGAAGAAUCCUAAAGCAAAGACCACAGGAAUGGGUGCUAUCUACGGCAUGGCCCAGACCACCGUCGACAGGAACCAGGUAGCAGAAUUGUCCUCGGUCUUCUUGGACAGCCUUUUCAGCACAGACACUGUACCUCAGGGCAGCCAGAUGAAUGGUUCUCCAAAACCCCGCUGAGCCCGGACCCUUUCUAGCCCCGAGGGGCUUCUGGCCUUCAGAAGGUUCUCGGAGUGUGGAACAGGCCAUCCACAGUUUCAGCAUCUGGUCUUGCUCCACAGAACACGACGAGACAGACCACAAGACAGCUCGAGCCUCAGGAUUGUUGUUCCUCCUUUCAUCAUCCUUUUGUGGUUUUCAGUAUGAAGACCCCGAAGGAUUCCAUUACGUUAUCAUUUUGCCCUUGUUCUAAAUGUUAUCCUAGGAAUUGUUUUAACCAUUUCCUUCUCUAACCUCUCUAGCUUUCAACUUCACUUAAUCCUUGUGUGGCAGCUCUGACCUGUCCUGAUUCCUUAAGGAAGCUGGGACACAGUUUAUGAAAUAGAAAACGGUUUUCUUUGUUGUCUCAGGCAGAUUGGCUGAUCAGGUAGGAAGCAUCCAUGUAACAAGUUUCCCUGGGUGGGUGUUAGAUACACUCUAAGCAGGAGGCUUUUUCGGCCCUUUGCUCUUUGAGUAGGUUAGUUGUCUCUCUUAGGGUCACUUUUGUUGCAGUUUGUUUUAUUUUUCCAGGACACAGAUUGACCAGGCCGUUGUUGCUCUUAUGCAGGAGUAGAGUGGUCUGUCUACCAAGGCCGGGUGUGGAGGAGUCCACUGUCCUCUUCUUGCAUACAGUCCCCAUUUGAUUCUUGGCUGCCACCGUCUUUGGCGAUUCUUAUUUGAAAUUAUGCUACCCUUGGAGCAUAAUUGUUACCAUGGACCAGAAGGGAAUGCGAUUCCCAAAGGAUCUAGGACUUUCUGGCCCUAGUGUUCAGAGCACACCUGAGCCCUCUCCUGGGCUGGUGAUACCAGAAACCAGACCCUCUUCUAUACUUCUCUGAGUAUCAGAGUAGGAUGAGCACCCAGAUUCAAAAAGUUGUCACCAAAAGUUGGUGGUGGCCCUCCCCUCCCGCACCGCUUUAAGCCAUCAUGUAUGAAAAUAUGUCUGCUUGAAGGAACCACUCAAAGCACUUUCACAAGUUGCCUUGAUUUACCCUACGUGGUGCAAGGAGGGUGUGAGAGAGCUCCCAAGGCAAGGAAAAUUUUUUCUUUCCAUGAGUGUGUUCUUCCUGCCUCUUCCCCCUUUAUUCAACUCCCAAAGGUACUAUGGCAAUUGAGCCUCAGGUACUGGAUGCUUCCCAGCCCUGGCUAGGAUGAGAGAAACAUUUUGGAAUGGGAAACAUGAAGGUAAGUUUCAGUCAGAGGCCAGGGCCUGGGUUUUCUUCAUAAGACUAGUUGCUCAGGGUGGUGCAGGGACAAGACCAAACCCUGUGCCCACUCCCGACCCUCUUCUCCCCGCGUGGGGCCCAGGUCUAGGUUGAGCCACUGUCCUGCCCUGAUGACGACAUAUCCUGCGUGUGCCUUUUUCCUCCGCAGGGAGCAGUGGGGGGCUAUUCCUGACCCAAGCCCAGGGGAUCAGCCCCUGAGGUUUUUAUUUGAGUAGGGGAUACUUAGGGUAAGUCAGGAGAAAUGCCUCUGUUCCAUUACCCUUCUCAGGGACUCCUGAAUAUUCAGCCUCUUCCGGCCGGUGUCCUCUCGCCUCCCUCACUGGGUAUGCUGGGGGCCGGGAGAGCCAAGGCGACCAGAUUUUCCCCGAAGCUCCUUAACCACUUUUGUCUGAAAUGUUUCUUAGCACUGUAUUUGCUACACAAAACUGUGACUGGCCGUGUCAUUGCAGGGCUGGUGUGUGUGUGUGUGUGUGUGUUUACUCCUGUCUAUUGUGGGUUCCAAGAGUGGUUGGUGUAUGUUUGUGUGUGUGUGUGUGUGUUACAGGGAGAGGCUGAGAGCCUUGGGGCAUGGGAAUUAUAUGUUCCCUCCAGCUGCUGAACUGGUGGGCACCUCCUGAGCGGGGCUGUGGUCAGAGCUGUGCAUGGAUUGUCUUUUGCGUCUCCAGUGCAGUCAUUAUGUUGGAGGAAGUCCAGAGACCCAGAACCACCCAGCAGGCACCUCUGUGGUUUGUCAGCUGCUAAGGUGGAGAAGCGUGUGUCCUACAGUGUUCUGUUGCUUCCAGCGUUGGCCAGGACCUUCCCCUGUGCUGUAACAACAUUGCUGCCGGUUGGUGGUGGUGGGGGCUGGUUUUCAAAGGGACCUACUGUAGCCACUUUAAUUUAUGAUCAUGAGCCUUAGUUUGACCUAACAUUUGUGAGCUUUCCAUUCUGUGUGUGUCUGCACGUAGUAACACCCAGUCUGGCAGAGGGGGGCGGAAUGUCUGAAUGAUACCAUGUUAGCAGGCGUCCCAAUGGCCUCUGCAAAACCUGUACUGUCUUGUUCCUGCAGAAAUAAGUAGUCACGUGAAUAUACUGCCAUGUCACUUUUAAUAUUACCAGUUUUAUACUUGGAAAACGGUACUUGUCUCCUUUACAUCUUUUCUGUCUUUAACCACCCCAUUCCCAAUUCAAUGCUCCCUUCCUAAUUGCAGCAAUAAUAUCUUUAAAAGCAAUUAAGUAAUUAAAUGUCCCAUAUCUUAAUCGUUGUGGAUGGUUGCAUUCAUUUGAUUAUUUAGGCCCACAGGUGCGAUCCCCAGUGGGGUGCUGGCAGCUCUUGAACUGGCUGCUGGUGAGAGAUCGCCCCCUUGUGGUGAAAUGGUUGUGUGUGACCACUGCUCGUAGGGCCACUAGUGGGGCAGGAGCGGGUGAGCCUGUCUCCUGCCCAAUGCCCAGCGCUGUCGUAGCUCCACCACCACUGAUGUCACACCUGUUUUAAGGAGGUCUGGAACUCAGGUCUUUAGUUCCCCAGGGGCAGGGCCCUGCCUUACGUUUUCUGUCAUCUUCAUCCUCCAUUUCUGCUUCCACCUUAGUGAUAAUUGAGCCAUCCGUGGUAGUUUCCAGCCAGCUGGGCAGUGUGGCUCUAACCAAAGGGCACUGACUUCAAACCCUGCAUUUGGUUUGGGACCUGAUAGAACCUCUCAGAGCAUCUUCGCACCUGUUACUGCCUUUGUCUUGUUCCAUUAUGACUUAAGAAGUGAGGAGUCUUCCCAAAGGGUUAUUCAGGUUCCAGAGGCUGUCCUUCAGGUUACCAAGCUUUUCAUUCUGGCUUGCAGCCCACUCAGACUUGCCAGAAUCAACCUGAGGAAUGCAGUCUUUGCUAUGGUUUUCUGCCAAAUGACUCAGUUUCCUAAGCACUACUUGCUUUGGGAUAAACCCUAGAGAAAGAGGGGCCAGGAUAUGCUUGGUUAGGAGGCCUGGCCCAUCCAAUAAAUGGUGUCUGAAUGCUUAUAUGUGCUCCUUACCGCUGUGAGCCCCUUUACCUUCUCUGUGGGUUCUUGGCAGCAACAGACCACUUAGAGCUAGACCCUGUAGUAUCAGAAGGAAAGAUGGAAGCCUAAUUUGAUAGCCACCAGCUAUAGCCUGGGUAAGCAAGUCAGGUGGUUGAGAGCCUUUUCUUGGAGUCUUCAUUGCUUUCAUUUUUCUUGUGCUUUCUUCUUUUUUCAUAAUCUCUCAAUAUCAUCCCCUAUAAUUUCAAUUAUUUGAAUUAA